UUCAUCUUAAACUUCUUUGCUCUCCGCCAAUAACAAUAGAAGAAGAAGAAGAACCAUAACAACGCGAACUCUUCAGUCCUCUGGUCUUGUUCUGUUUGAUAAGGUCAUCCAUACCGCAUAAGAAUGAGCUGUGAUGUAAAAAUGGAGUUUAUUAAAGAGGAGAAUGAUGAUGAUACAUGCCAUCAGUGUGGAAAGAGCUUCACAAGUAAAAGAAACCUCAAAGAACACAUGAGAAUUCACACUGGAGAGAAACCGUUCACAUGCCCUCAGUGUGGAAAGAGUUUCAGACAGAAAGAAUGCUUUAUGAUUCACAUAAGGGUUCACACCGGAGAGAAGCCGUUUGCGUGUCAACACUGUGAAAAGAGUUUCACGAGUUGAGGAAGUCUUAACAUUCACUUAAGGGUUCACAAUAUCGAGAAACCAUUCAAGUGCCCUGAGUGUGAAAAGAGUUUUGGACGUAAAGACCACUUCAAUCGUCACAUGAGAAUUCACAGUGGAGAAAAUCCAUUCUCAUGUCCUCAUUGUGAGAAGUAUUUUUUAACUAAAACCCACCUUGAGAGUCACAUUCGAAUUCACACUGGAGAGAAGCCGUUCACAUGUGAUCAGUGCGGAAAGAGUUACAAAUGGUCAAAUAGUCUCCGAAUUCAUAAACUCUUUCACUCCGGAGAAAAGCCAUUUAAGUGUGAUCAGUGCGAUAAGAGGUUUGUUCUGGAAAAAGACCUAAAGGCCCACAUGAAAACUCACACUAAAGAGAAGCCUUACUUGUGUUCUGUUUGUGGGAAGAGUUUUGCAUGGCUGAUACGUUUUAAAGACCAUCUAAAAAUCCACGCUGGUGUGAAAGAGUAUUUGUGCAAAGACUGUGGUAAAGCCGUUACUGCAGCCACUCAGCUGAAAGUGCACCGCAGGAUCCAUACUGGAGAAAAACCUUACAAGUGCUCGCAUUGUGAGAAGAGUUUCAAACAGUCAGGAGCCCUAAAAGACCACGAGAGGAUCCACACUGGAGAGAAACCAUUCCAGUGCCUUCCGUGUGGCAGAAGAUUCACUCACUCCAAAACGGCACAGAUGCACAGAAAGAAGCAUUGUCCCAAAUUAAAGUCAAUAUGACUGGAGAAACGAGCUUAAGAGCUCAACAGUUCACGAGUGCUGAGUUAUUGCCCUUGUUUUACUCUGUUUGGGAUUCGAAAUGUGAAAAAUGUUCAAACACACCUUACUGAGCCUGCAGUCUUUCAUAUAAUAUAAAUGACAUGUAGUAAAGUUACAAAUCUUCAUUAUUAUAUGAUUGUUCAUACACUUGCAUUACUGUAAUUGUUUCUUAGAAUUCAAUGCUGCUGCUGAAAAGGAACAAAAUGAGAUCCAGUUAAAUGAGAUUCUGUUAAAACAUUCACUUGUAGAGAUGGACUUUUAUUAAAACAUAUUCCAACGUGAG